GAGGCGGCCUCUGGCCGGCCGCACUUGAAGGGAGGGAAGGCUCCACGGCGCGCGCCCAGGAGCGGGUCGGGUUGGGGAGCUGGGAGUGGGGACCAGGCGGGUGUCCCCCAAGAACUCGCCAUCGCAGGCGUGCGUGUGGAGGACCCGGAGCCCAUGAGACAGGGAGGAGGAGGCCGAGCCAGCCGAGCGGACCCUGCAGCCGCAGCCGCGGUGGAGACGCCGGGACCGGCUGGGGCGCUCCGGCACGCGGAGAGGAGGGAGAGGAGGGAGAGGAGGGAUCGCAGGGAGAAGAGGGAGCCGGAGCCCGGGGUGCUCGGGAGCCGGGAGCCCCUCUGGGCGCUUUUCUCUCUCGGGGCCUGACUGCUGCCGCCCUCCCCGGCCUCCUCUUCUUGCUCUCUCUAUUUCUCUCUCUUGGCCAAGCCACCCCGGCUCCCUCCUUCUCCUCCGUCCUCCCGGUACCCACCCCUGGCUGGCGCCUAUGGGCAUGAAACACUCCUCCCGGUGCCUGCUCCUCCGGAGGAAGAUGGCGGAGAACGCGGCCGACAACGCCGAGGUCAACAGCCCCCCCUCACAGCCCCCUCAGUCUGUGGUUCCUGCCAAGCCGGUGCAAUGCACCCACCACGUAUCUACCCAACCCAGCUGCCCCGGUCGGGGGAAGCUGUCAAAGCUGCUGAACCCGGAGGAGAUGACCUCGCGAGAUUACUACUUUGACUCCUAUGCUCACUUUGGGAUUCACGAGGAGAUGUUGAAGGACGAGGUGCGGACCCUCACUUACCGGAACUCCAUGUACCACAACAAGCACGUGUUCAAGGACAAAGUGGUACUGGACGUGGGGAGUGGCACCGGAAUCCUUUCCAUGUUUGCUGCCAAAGCAGGAGCCAAGAAGGUGUUUGGGAUUGAAUGCUCCAGUAUCUCCGACUACUCAGAGAAGAUCAUUAAGGCCAACCACCUGGAUAACAUCAUCACCAUAUUUAAGGGUAAAGUGGAGGAGGUGGAGUUGCCCGUGGAGAAGGUAGACAUCAUCAUCAGCGAGUGGAUGGGUUACUGUCUGUUCUAUGAGUCAAUGCUCAACACAGUCAUCUUUGCCAGGGACAAGUGGCUGAAACCUGGAGGGCUUAUGUUUCCAGACCGGGCCGCUUUGUACGUGGUCGCAAUAGAAGACCGACAAUACAAGGACUUCAAAAUCCACUGGUGGGAAAAUGUCUAUGGCUUUGACAUGACCUGCAUCCGGGAUGUGGCCAUGAAGGAGCCGCUGGUGGACAUCGUGGAUCCGAAGCAGGUGGUGACCAACGCCUGCCUGAUCAAGGAGGUGGAUAUCUACACAGUGAAGACAGAGGAGCUGUCCUUUACGUCUGCCUUCUGCCUGCAGAUCCAGCGCAAUGACUACGUGCAUGCCCUGGUCACCUACUUCAAUAUCGAAUUUACCAAGUGCCACAAGAAAAUGGGUUUUUCUACAGCCCCCGAUGCACCCUACACUCAUUGGAAACAGACCGUAUUCUACUUGGAAGAUUACCUCACCGUGCGGAGGGGGGAAGAAAUCUACGGGACUAUCUCCAUGAAGCCAAAUGCCAAAAAUGUGAGAGACCUCGACUUCACAGUAGACUUGGAUUUUAAGGGACAGCUGUGCGAAACGUCUGUAUCUAAUGACUACAAGAUGCGUUAGCACAUGUGGGAUGCCGCAGAUGGCGUGUGCGGGGUCACAGACCACUCUGCCCUCCACCUGCCAUGCGGCCUUGAGAAUCACCAUUUUCAGGACUCUGAACUCUGCCCUGGAAGAUUGCUGGAUACCCGGGGCUCCCUGUGGGGGCCCUGCCACUGGACAGAGAGCACCAACCCUCCUCUCCCACAAUCCGGCAGCCCCCAGCUCUGCUCUGAGAGUCCUUCAUGAAGGUUGCUGAUGCAGCACCACCUCCAGUGCUCCAGCUGCAGCUGGGGGUGGAUUGGGGGUCGGGGGGGAGCAUCAUGUAGGCCCUCCUCACCUCGCAGAGGGCCAAGUCCACGUGUAUUCCAUCGUCCCAUCCUUCCCUUAACUGUCAACCUCCGGAUCUUCCAAGUGUUGCAUGCUGCAGGCUCCUAGGACAGACUGCUUCAUAGAACCUGGAGGCAUAGUGUUGUGGAUAAGCAUAAGCCAGAUUGUCCGUGCGGUUGAGGCGCUCGCAUGCCUGCGGUGCCUGUGCAUGCAUGUUUAGACGGCCCCGGGGGGGCCACAUGUCCGUGUUCGUUCCUGGGUUGCGUGCGGACAUGUGUGUAGACUCUCUUCUUACCCUCGGAGGAGAUUUUGUUGCUUUCCAGUAGGAAUUCGUUUUGUGUUUAGUUCGAACCCUCCUUCCCAUACCCUCUACCAGAUGUUAACACAGCUAUGAGAUGUCCCCCCCCUCUUCCCAGUAGCGUGGCCCCGGGGCUCCUUUCGACAAGACCGGGGCUUGAACCCUGAGCAUAGUGCCACGCAACUCCCGUGGGUGCUCAAUAAAUGCACACGAGAGCCAA